GAUAGUGCCUUAAUUCUAACUAUAUAGCCUACAGAGUUCUGUUUACAAUCGUGCAAAAGGUACAAAUAAAUACAAACAUCAGCAGAUUUCUCACGUGUAAAUAGCUUUCAACAAUAUGCGGAUUCAAUCCAUUUUAACUUGCAGUGAAAUCCUUUUGUUCACAUUCUCAACUCUAAUAUUGCAAACAACAGGAGUUUGGUCACCAUGGAGUGAUUGGUCGGCGUGCUCUGUAUCAUGUGGCAAAGGUGAACAAAUGAGAGUUCGCAUCUGUCUUGACAAUAGUUGUGAAGUGCCUGAACGGCAGCUGAGAGAAUGUGGAAAACCAUGCGAUGAUGGAAAAAGUGACAUACAACAAGUCGUAAAAGUCAAUUGGGAACCGUGGAGCGAUUGGUCAGUUUGUUCCGUUUCGUGUGGCAAAGGAAAACAAAUGAGAAUCCGAAUUUGCACCGAUAACACGUGUCAGCAACCAGAGCGACAAGAACAGGAGUGCGGAAAACCCUGUCCACAAGAAAAGGACAAGGCCCAGCGAACAACCGUGAAAGUCAAUUGGGGGCCGUGGAGCGAUUGGUCAGUUUGUUCCGUUUCGUGUGGCAAAGGAAAACAAAUGAGAGUCCGAAUUUGCACCGAUAACACGUGUCAGCAACCAGAGCGACAAGAACAGGAGUGCGGAAAACCCUGUCCACAAGAAAAGGACAAGGGCCAGCGAACAACCGUAAAAGUCAAUUGGGGGCCGUGGAGCGAUUGGUCAGUUUGUUCCGUUUCGUGUGGCAAAGGAAAACAAAUGAGAGUCCGAAUUUGCACCGAUAACACGUGUCAGCAACCAGAGCGACAAGAGCAGGAGUGCGGAAAACCCUGUCCACAAGAAAAGGACAAGGGCCAGCGAACAAUAACGAAAAAACCUUGGUUGCCAUGGAGCGACUGGUCAGCCUGUACGGUAUCCUGUGGAAGAGGACAACAAAUGAGAAUACGACUUUGUCUCAAUAAUAAAUGCCAAGAACCAGAAAGAGAACAACGAGAAUGUGGAAAACCAUGCAAGGAGAUUGGAAAUGAUGAGCAAGGUUCCACAUGGCAACCUUGGAGUCCAUGGAAUUUGUGUUCUACAGUAUGUGGUUCGGGCAUGCAGAUGAGAGUUAGACAAUGUUCAAGCCCAAAGGAUAGACAGCCACUUGAAAAUAAAGAAUGUGGCAACGAUGCAGUUGAAGUAAAAUCCUGUAAUGAUCGCCAUUGUGUUGUCGGUGGGUUUGCGUCAGAACCAGCGAAAUGGCCUUGGCAAGUUCUUAUCAUCACUAACCUUGAUGGUCAGUGGCAACAAUGUGGUGGGACUUUAAUAUCAAGCUCUUGGAUACUCUCGGCAGCACAUUGCUUUUUGGAUCCCUUUGGAAAUGAAUGGAAGAUUGAAAGCAUCAUGUUGGGAACAACAAGCAGGGCGGGGAUCGGACGAGGAGUCGUCAAGUAUUCAGAGGCAGAUAUUGUCCAUACACACGAAAACUUCGACAACAGAAUAUAUGGUAACGACAUAUCCUUAGUCAAACUCCCUUCUCCCGUGGUCCUGAAACGAUAUAUCAAACCAGCAAAACUUCCCAAGGCCAAUGUAGCAGUUACGGAAGGAACGUCGUGUGUUGUUACUGGCUGGGGUGCAACAAACUCAACAGGGAGUAAAGAAUCAAUACCAGAUAAGUUGCAAGAAGUGGACGUGAAUAUAUUCACAGAUGAAGAUUGCAGAAAGAUGCAUCACACUGCUGGAGUGGAUGGUUCAUACACGAAAAGUCAUUUUUGUGCUGGCCAUCUUGAAGGAAAGAAAGAUACAUGCGGGGGUGACAGCGGCGGACCACUCGUGUGCAAGGAAAACAGGGAAUACAUUGUGCAUGGAAUAACAAGCAGUGGACCAGCACAUUGUGGCAAAGCAAAUAAACCGGGUAUUUACACCAGAGUCAGCGAUUUUGUCACAUGGAUUGGAAGAACAAUAGAAGGAUUUCGUUAUCAUUGGUCCAAAUGGAAAAGAAAUAAAUGCAGUGUGACAUGUGGUAGAGGACAAAGAACAGAGACAAGAACUUGUCUAGACAAAGAUGAGAAACCUGCAACGGAAUGUGAAGGAAUUUCCACACGAAAUAUUCCGUGUCGAAACGCACCUUGUAUUGAAUAUCAUUGGACACCUUGGAAAACAACUUGUAGUGUAACAUGUAAUGAAGGAGUCGCAACUAGCACUCGAUAUUGUGCUGAUGCAAACGACGCACCGACGUUUCCCAAUAACUGUCCGGGCCAAGAAAAGAAGUAUGAACCAUGUGUAAUGCCAAAGUGCAUUGAAUAUCAUUGGACUCCUUGGGUCUCAACUUGCAGCGUAACAUGCGGUGAAGGAACCGAAACGAGCACUCGGAAAUGUGUGGACGACAAAAACAAUCCAUCGAAACUUGACAAUUGCGUUGGUAAAUCCAAGAAAAUUGGAAAAUGUGUCAAAUCGAACUGCAUUGAAUAUAAUUGGACACCUUGGGUCUCAACUUGCAGCGUAACAUGUGGUGAAGGAACUGAAAGGAGCACUCGGAAAUGUGUGGACGAUAAAAACAAUCCAUCGAAACCGGACAACUGCGUUGGUAAAUCCAGGAAAAUUGGAAAAUGUGUCAAACCGAACUGCAUUGAAUAUAAUUGGACACCUUGGGUCUCAACUUGCAGCGUAACAUGUGGUGAAGGACUUGAAACAAGCACUCGAAAAUGUGUGGACGAUAAAAACAAUCCAUCGAAACCGGACAACUGCGUUGGUAAAUCCAGGAAAACUGGGAAAUGUGUCGAACCAGAGUGUAAACCAGUUUAUCAUUGGAGUACUUGGUCAUCAAUAUGUUCUGUAACAUGCGGGACAGCGAGAGGCGUAAAAAUUCGAUCUUGUUUGAACAAUAAUAAUAAGAAUGUGGCCACUAGGAGAUGUCCUGGAGAUAGAGUCAUAUAUAUCGACUGUACAGAGCCGCCUUGUCCGAUGAAAUACCAUUGGGGAGAAUGGUCCAAUGUCACUGAAUGUAGCGCCUCAUGUGGAACUGGAGAAAUCGAAAUGAAGAGAAAAUGUCUUGAUUCUGACAACGUCGAAGUUCUUGAUUCAAGUAAAUGUAAUCCUGGGAAAGAUGUUAAACUUCGCACUUGCAAUCUAAAACCAUGUCCAGUUUACAAAUGGAGUCAAUGGAAGACAAGUUGUAGCGUCACGUGUGGAACUGGUGUUUUAACUAAGGCAAGAAAUUGUGUCGAUCAAAAUGGAAACACUGCUCAGCAUGUUUUAUUUUGUGGACCUGAAAAAUCUGUCGAAAAAGAUACCUGUGUUUUGAAGCCUUGCCCCGUGAAAACAAGUUUUUCAUGGGGUUCUUGGUCUACAUGGUGUUCAGUAACCUGUGGUAAUGGCGGAAUGCGGUUAAAGACAAGGAAAUGUUAUGACGAUUCUGGGCAAGUUGUUUCUGAUUAUGGGAAGUGCAAACGAGGCAAACGCGUAGAGGUUGGAAAUUGCCCUUAUUUACCAUGUACAAUAAAGGCAGAUGAAGAAUCCUCAACACCGUAUAACUGGGGUCAAUGGGGGUCAUGGUCGCCUUGUCGUCGUCGUAUAGGCUCUGGUAAUAUUUGCAGCGGAUUUAAAGCAUCUACUCGAGACUGUUUGAUCGGAUCAGAGGACGUCAACCCUAGAAGAUGCAGUGAUGAAUAUCCUGGUGAAGAUUAUUAUCGCGAGUCAGUGUGUGGAAUGAAAACAAGCAAUUGCCCUUGAAAAAAUCACUGUUCUAGAAUAUGUUCGUUUCACUGCCAUACUUAUUGAUAUAACCUGGAUAUUACUCUGAUAUUGUACUUAGCAAAUCUAACCCUCUGUGAGUAAAAAGUGUUUGAACAUUGUGUGGAUGACUUUACCCAGUGGUUCCACUAUCCAGAUGGAUACAGAAUUUCUUCUUUUGGCUGUUUCGAUUGAUAUAUAUUAGGAAUUAAGCCAUCGGGGUACAUUUGUCGGUGCUCCAGAGGUAUGUGUACCAAUAUGGAGGUAUCUAAUUUUGUUCGCCUACU